GCAAGCUUGCGAACUUGGUUUCUGGACGUUUUUCUACCUGUUCCCGGCGCGAGAGAUCCCCUGGAAGCCUUUCCCGGACUUCUACCACGUCUGGUACCGGGACCGCGUGAACUCCUGCUGGCAAACUCCGCUUCGGAGUGACGUACGGCUGCCCAAAGAGGUAGCCUCUUAUCUCCCGAUGUGGCUGCUGAGCCUGUUGUUUGUUUAUGCGCCUUUCAACCAAGCCUUCAACCUCUACCAGCCGGUGGUGUCCCUGUGCCACAACAUGCAGAUCUUUGAGUCCAUGUUCGCGAUCAGCCUGGCGGGAGCAGGUAUAGGUUUCAUUCGUCAUUUCAGCGGCAACCUCGGAGCUGUUUGCGCGGGGUUGCUGAUCGUAGCGCU